AGUUCCAGUCUUCCAAGUCCCGACAAAUAUUUGUCCUGCCCUUUGAAUAAUCCCCCAUUUCCACCGGCCAAGCCCGUGGAGGAGCUAUCUGACUGGCGGGGGAGUUGGUGGAAUUUUCUAAGUUAGCUUGCGUGGAAGAUAAUCACCAACUAUUCUUGAGGGAAAAUAGAGGCGAGCUAUCGAGGUAGCACUCUACAGCAUAUUUUUCGUCAUGCUUAAGAAUAUGCCAUUUUCAAUCGCCUUAUGAAAGUCCGACCUAUAAAUUCUCAUUUCAUGCUCUGCACUUCAUCGCAGCCUGUUUGUCCACGCAAAUAACAAUGUCAGGUACACACAAGAAUUUGGUUUUGGUUUUGGUAUUUGUCGCUUAGAUUUUGUGGGGACGGGAAUGUGUCUGUUUUAAACUUCCGAUGAAGUGUUUAGCUGGAGUUAGUUCGUUUGAGGCAAUUUUGUUUUCCAAAACAAAAAACCCUAGUUACAGAGGAUUUCUUUGCCAUAAUUUUCGAAGCCCUAAUUGUUGAGGAGUUUGACACGGCAGUUGAGCAGUCUCAAGCAGAAUUGGAUUUCUGAAAGUUGAGAUACACAGGGCUUUGGUGUUGGCUGGGUCAUUGUCUUUGUUAAAUGUUCUGGUUUGGGAUUCUUAGACCUAAUUAUUGAGGAGUUUUGACACGACAGUUGAGGAGCAGGCUCAAGCAGAAUUGGAUUUCUGAAAGUUGAGAUAGACAAGGCUGUGGUGUUGGCUUGGCCAUCGUCUUUGUUAAAAUUCUUUGGUUUGGGAUUUAUAAGCUCUAAAUCCUACGUUGAUUUGGAUUUUUUCGAAUUCUUCAACCAGGUCUUGGAAUUCUCCGUUUCAAAUUUAGAAGAACGUUCAUUCGGGCCUGAAUUAGUAUGUUUUAGUGAAUUAUCGUCCUUUUUUUAUCAAAUAGGGCGAAUUCUGACCGUUUGGAUGGUUCUGUCUUUGAAACUGUGAUCAAUGGGUUGAGUUUCUGUCCCUAGGAUGGUUCAAUUUUAGGUUUAUGUGUUCAGGAGAAGAUAUUCUGGGUCAUUAUCUUAGUUUUAAGGAAAUUUAGAAAUUCUAUCACCAGUAGAGAUGUAUGGAAGGAUCAGCAAUUACAUAUCUUCUGUAGCUGCCCCGUUCCACCCGUUUGGUGGUGCUGUAGACAUAAUUGUAGUGCAGCAGCAAGACGGGACGUUUAAAGGCACGCCUUGGUAUGUUAGGUUUGGUAAAUUUCAGGGUGUUUUGAAGCUCAACGAAAAAAUUGUGACGGUGUCGGUGAAUGGCGUAGAUGCAGAUUUUCAUAUGCAUUUGCUUAAUAAUGGUCAGGCAUAUUUCUUGAGAGAAGAGGAUUCUGAUGAAGAAGACAGGAGUUCACAUUCGUCAGUUGAAGAUGAUGUGGUCAUUGGGAGCCGCAGAGAGAGCUUCAAGUCUGCUAGAUCUCUUGUAGACAUAGAAGAGCAAGUUGAUAGUGGCGUUGGUGGCUAUGGAGAUGACGAAAUGAAAGAGAACAAAAUUAAGGCAUCAUUGGAUGUGGAUGGCAUUUCAAGGAAUCGUCAAAACAAUGGGGAGGUAUUCAUUUCCUUUCCUGGGCACUGUUCCAACUUGUCAGAUGAGCAGUUUGAGAAUGACAAUUCAAACUCUUUACCAGUGGACGAAAAUAAUGCCAGAGAACCCAAUUUGGAGAUUACAUUGGACAAUAGGGUCAAUUUGGCUCUCUUGCCUUCGGAGGAUGCUAGUCUCCAACAAGAAGCAUCAGCUAUUUCUUUGCAAGGAGAAUUUGCAAAUGGAAAUGAGAUACAAAAUGUUUCUAGUCGCCUAGAACCUUCAACAGUGCAGCAUAUUAAGAGUACUUUUGUCAAGAUAGAUACGGUCAGUCAAACAGAGUACCAAGGCAGGGAUUCUGACAUUGGGUGGAAUUCAUAUAAAGAUACCUCAGUGUUCAUAAUGGAGGAAAGCUCAAGCACUCAUGGUCUGGCUGGAGGGAAUACCUCACAAACUGAUGAUAUCGUUCUUUCUAGAUACAGUACUUAUGAUUAUGAAAAUAUGGAGCUAUCACAAUCAGAAGAUGUUUUGGACUUUGGAAAAGCUGAGGAUAGUAGCUCAGAAGUAGUCUUAAUGAGUGUGGAUGGUCAUGUAAUGACAGCACCUAUUUCAUCAUUUAAGCGUGUAGGAAGUACAAAUUUAAUUAGAGAUAUAUCUGCAAACAAAAUUAACCCUUUAGAAACACUGGAUAAUAAUUCCACUGAAAAUAGAGCAGAUCACUGUGACUUGGAGAACAAACAAGGCACUAAUUCUGGUAAUAAUUGGCAGAAAGUUGCAGCUACUGGUACAGGUGAGAGCAUCAUGCAGACUCAAUAUGGCUUUGGCAUUUCUGAGUCUGUUCUUGGUUCAGAGAGAGAAUGCAAACAAAUAGAGCAGCUUACAGACAGCGCUAAUAUAACAGAAAUUGAGGCUCACACUGAGAAUCAUUCCAGAGAAUCCGAUGAGUGUUGUGUCCAAUCAAAGGUAGACACCCUUCAAAUGCCAAGAACUGAAAGUGAAAUUGAGUUUGCAUUUAAUGAUGAAGAAAUUUUCAAAAGUUGCCUUGCUCUUAAUGAGCUAUCUACUGCUACAGGGGAAGAAGAAAAAAAAUAUAGUUUGACUUCUCCUUUGGAGACAGAUGAAGGUUGUAAUAUGGGAGGAAGUGAUGGGAGUGAAACAGAACCUUCUUCAGCUGCCUUGCAGCUUGAUAAUCCUCAAGCAUUGCUUGCUGAAAGUUCACACUUAUCAAAAAUUUCGAGUAAAUCUGAUUUUCAACACUUAGUUGGCAGCAUGCCUGAUAUCUCAAUGCAUAGAUCUAGACCAAUCCAUAUUCCAGGACAGCAUGCAAAAGUAGGAGGCAAUGCACAAGCAUCUGGUUCACUGCCAAAUUUGAGAGUCCCUUCUGCCAGUAUGGAAAGAGCAGUCACUGAGCGGGUGUAUAGACAUUCUCUUGACAUCAAUUCUUCGUUCUGCAAAUGGACUCCAAAUAAUGAUAUCUACACUCCAAGAUUUGAGAAUGCAAAGCAUGAUCUUCUUAAAAAGGAGAAAGAUCAAACAGCUGGAGCUUCUGAAUCAUUCAGUUUGGAUGACAAAGAUACUUUAAACAAAAGUGUGCAACCUGAUAUGGGUACUGAUGUAAAAAUUUCUCUUUGUAGAGAUUUGCUUUUCAAGGGAAUGGGGGCUGAGGCUGCAGCUGAAGCUUUUGAUUCUAAACGAGUAUCAAGAGAGGUGUUUAGGAGUUCAGGGGCUGAGAUAAUAAAAAAUGAAAAGCUUGUUGUAAAAAUUAGCAACCGAUAUUACCCUUGGUCUGCAGCUGCGCCUAUAAUUCUUGGAAUGGUUGCAUUGGGUCUUGAAGCUCCUGCUGAAGUGGAGGGUGAAAUUUCUGUAGAUCAUGUAGAAACAAAAGCAGUAAAUGAUUAUGCAUCAAACACUAUUCCAUCUUCCAGUGGACGUUGGAGACUUUGGCCUUUUACAUUCAGGAGGCUUAAGACACCUGAAAAAAGCACCUCAGGAAGAUCAGAUUCCCAGGUUGAGUCAGUGGUUGACCAAGAGAUUUCCUCGCAGAGUUCUUGUGAUAAGGAAGUGGAAUUAAAAAGUGGUUCAAGUAAACCACCACAGAAACGUAAGGUGCAGACAAAUAUUCCAACAUCAGAGCAGUUAGCAUCAUUGAAUCUUAAGGAAGGCCAGAACAUGAUCACCUUUACUUUUUUGACUACUAUAUGGGGGAAGCAACAGGUUGAUGCUCGGAUUUAUUUGUGGAAAUGGAACACUCGAAUUGUGAUAUCGGACGUUGACGGAACUAUCACCAAAUCUGAUGUGCUGGGGCAGGUGAUGCCUUUGGUUGGAAAAGACUGGACACAAACUGGUGUGGCACGACUUUUUUCUGCUAUCAAGGAAAAUGGUUAUCAGCUACUAUUUCUCAGCGCCCGUGCCAUUGCUCAGGCCUAUCUGACAAGACAAUUUCUCCUUAAUCUUAAACAGGACGGGAAAGCAUUACCCGAUGGGCCUGUUGUGAUAUCUCCCGAUGGGCUGUUUCCUUCCCUAUACCGAGAAGUUAUACGAAGGGCCCCUCACGAGUUCAAGAUUGCUUGCCUUGAGGAUAUACGGUUACUGUUUCCGCCUGACUGCAAUCCAUUCUACGCUGGUUUUGGGAAUAGAGACACUGAUGAGAUUAGUUACCUGAAAGUUGGAAUACCAAAGGGAAAAAUAUUUAUUAUUAAUCCCAAGGGGGAGGUAGUUGUCAAUCAUUCCGUGGCUGUAAAGUCAUACACUUCGCUGCAUAAACUUGCUGAUGACAUGUUUCCUCCCAUGUCUACAUGCGAGCAGGAGGCUUUUAAUUCAUGGAACUAUUGGAAAGUACCACUUCCUGAUAUAGAAAUUUAAGAUUAACCUAGCGAACAGGCAAAGCAUUCAUGUGGAGAAUUGUUAUAUGGGCAUUGCCACCGAUUGACUGGACAAACUCAGAUAUUAAGAGGGUUUGUUGAAGAAAUAUUCAAGAAGUGGCAACAUUGUAUCAUAUUUUUUGGAACUGAUUCUUUUGUACAACUUGAUCACUUGUUCGUAAGUUGAAUUUAUUCAGGCAUAAUAUGAAACUUAUUUAUAUAUACCUAUAGGCUAUAGGUCUUAAGUUUACCCCAAGGGGUGAUUCAAUUCAUUCUUUCCAAUUCAUCAAGAAGUCAGUAUCAUAUUUAGUUGAUGGAUCUAGGAGGCCUCUCUCUGUGGGCUGCUGGUAUCGAAUUUGUUCCUUAGAUGGCAAGAGCAGUUUCUAUGUCACUGACACAAUUUCUAAAAUAAAUGAACGGCACAAUUUCACAGAACUUUUUGCAAGAUAAUAUCCCAUUUCCUUCAUUUUCAGUGUGAAGCUACAUAUUCUUAUGUACAACAUAUUUGAGAAUUUCCAUGUUUGGUCAUUAUCCAAGAUAAAUUGAAUUAUGGUUUAAAAAUUAUUUCAGAAUACAGACUACAGUGUAAGCCAUCCUAGUUGUUAAAUUGGAUUGUUGAUUGUCUUUAAUCCAGUUUGUUGAGAAUCCUUCUAAACACUUACUACAAUGUAAGCUAUCUUGAUUUGCUAAAUAGGUUGGGGAUUUUCUUUAAUCCAGUUUGUUGAGAUUCUCAAACUAUGCAUGGAAGAGUUGUGGUGUUGAAUGUACGUUUUCCAAAUUCAAUAGUUUGACAUGUUAAUACCAUUAAAAAGGAACAUCAUUUUCUUCA